GUUUAUAUUAGAACAUUUAAUUACCUAAGUAAAAUGUUACCGUUCGUAUGCAUAGCAGUUUUUAUCGCGACAGUCUCCGCUGUCGACUUUCAAUUCAUAAAUAAGGAAGGUGGUCCAGUAUGGGUUGGAAUCCAAGGAAAUCCUGGUCAUCCGCAUUUGGCAGGUGGUGGUUUCAAACUGGGUCAAGGUCAAUCGAGAACAGUAUCGGGAGCUCCUGCUAACUGGGCUGGACGUUUUUGGGGCAGAAGUUAUUGUAAUGACGCCACAAGCCAUUGUUUGACUGGCGAUUGUGGUAAUAAAGUACAAUGUAAUGGAGCUGGAGGAGUACCACCCGUUUCUCUAGCUGAAAUCACAUUGAAAGGAGCUGGAGGACUUGAUUUCUACGAUAUUUCGUUCGUUGAUGGAUUUAACCUCCGUAUUAGUUUUGAACCAGUAGGAGGCCAAGGAAAUGGUGGUCAAUACAGUUGCAAAAAAGCUCAAUGCUCCAAAAAUCUCAACGAUAACUGUCCCAAAGAGCUCCAAGUAAAAGGUCCAAACGGAGUCACUAUAGCGUGUAAAUCAGCUUGUCUUGCCUUUAAUACAGACCAGUACUGUUGUAGAGGUGCUUAUGGAACCCCAGAUAAAUGUAAGAGUUCAACUUGGCCACGUAACUAUCCCCAGGAAGUUUUUAAAUCUCAAUGUCCAGAUGGUUACAGCUAUGCUUACGACGAUCACAAGAGUACCUUUACUUGCAAGGCUCCGAAGUAUAUUGUAACAUUUGGUGCUUAAAGACAUAGCUUAAGACUGUUUUUUUGUGAUUUCUAAAUAAAAUUCUAAGUAAUUUUUCAUUAUUA